UCUUCCCGCAGAUAGUUUUCUGAAGGAUGCCGGCUCCGGUGCUGCUGCUGCUGCUGCUUCUGGCGACAACUCUUGCCGACCAGGACAUGGACAAGGCCGUCUUCAAGGCGCGCGUAGAGAGCUGCGGCGGAUGACGGCUGAACCGGCUUCCGGAGGUGAAAAAAUUCAUCUACGAAGACAUUCCCAUGUUCCAUAACGUUAUCUUCAAGGCAGUGCCCGGCGCGGCGCCCGAGGCCGUUCUGCUGAACAAACUCGACCAGGUGGUGGAGCGUAUCCCUCUGGAAAAACUCAGCCGAAAGGCCUGCAACGCGCUGCUCACCGAGCGCGGCUUCUUCCGGCGGCAGAAGCACGACGAGCCGGUGCCGGAGCGCUACCAGCACGGCCCGUACGGGGCCGCCAGCCACCAGGAGCUGUAGGCGGCGGCGGCGGCGGCGGCGGCGGCGGCGGCGGCGGCGGCGGCGGCGGCGCUGGCAGCGCCCGAUGACGCGCCGCUCCGAAGGGCCUCCGGGCUUGGGGCGGCGCCGAUGUAGCGUGGCCAGCGCCCCCUCCAGGCCUGCAACCGCAUGCCUCACCGCACCAAUUUGAGUUUAACGAAAUUGGAGGGCUGAGGUCAUAUUUUCUUCAUAAUGAUUAUCUGUUGGUGAGUCGAUGUAUUUGGUAUCAAAUUUGGUGACAGGAUCACGAUAUUUUGGAUUUGUAGUUCUGGAAGUACACAUUUUUACAGCGCAUUCAGGCGCCAGUGCACCCGUUCCAUUAAUAUAGCUCUUUUUUCCAAA